AAAAACGCUUCAAAAACCAAAUGUAUAAAAAUCCCGUGUGAUUAUUCAUACGUGAAGCUCAUGAGAGGUUUUGUGCAUUCUUUCUGUACAUACUGGAUAGAAAUAGAGAAAUCACUCACUGAGUGGUGUUGUGCUUUUUUAUCUGAACUGCCUUCCGUGCAGAGAUGUGAGAUUUGUCUGUGGCCCUUUAAGCAGGGCGGGAUGCCUGAUUUUCCACUGGGACGCUUCCAGGCAUCCAGCAGUCAGAUAAACUUUAAGUACUGAGCCAGGAAGGCUAGACUGUAAGGUAGGAAGUGGACUUACUUUCAAAGCUCUACAAAAAAGGGUAUGUGAAACUUAGAACCAGGCUUCAGAGGAAAAGCGUUAGAUUAGAUUGCAGCAGGCUUGAACAGCGUAAGAUGCAGUGAGAGAAAGGGGGCAGAAGAAGAAGAAGAAAAAGAAGAGGAGGAGGAGGAGGAGGAGGAGGAUGGAGAGAUCAGAAGCGGGUGGGAUGCUCCUGCGCAACGCGAGCGCUGUCCGUCCUUGAGCGCACAUGCAGGACGGAAACUAACCUAAGACUAAAGCUGAACAUGAUCUAAAAACAUUUAAAAAUACACACCAAUAUACACACAUAGAUACAGAAUAAUACACGAUAGAGGAUUUGUGCUGCAGAUUUACGCACAGCGUCGUGUUUAAACGCUUCUGGAAAGGGAUUACGCAUCAUCUGAAGUUCAUUCCCGAUGAAAGAAGAAGAAGAGAUGUCUUGGUUUCAGUACGAGCUGAAAUCCUGGAACAAGGCACGCAUGUACGGAGAGAUCUUUUCGCAAGACAGAAAGUGGAAAUAAAGCAGCUCGAACGCCGCUCGGAAAUCUGACAGGCAUCAACAUCGGAAACCUUUACAGUGUGAGCAUCAAAAACCAUAUGGACUCAUGGAAGAUGAUUCCUGAUUCCUGGCUGAAUUCCCAUUAGUCAGCUACAGCAAACCUUUCAUAGUAAAUGGACUUGCCUCACAUACAGUUUCCAUCAAUGGGACAGCUUUUUCAGGGACACGGAAAGUGAUGAGAGAUCUGAUUCAGAUCUUGAGCUAGGACAGCACAAUACAUUUUUUUGAAUGACAUUAAAUAUUCCAGAUUUAUUCCGGGCUCUGAAUAAAGCAUGAGUAAAGAAAACCAUAUGGACUUUAAACAGGUGAAGAGAUGUCUUCACCAGCUGUUGGAUUUCUAAGGCAAAUUUUCAGGUUUAUGAAUUCAGGAGUAAACUUUUUAGAAGUGACUUUUCAAUCCUGAACUGGAACAAAGUUAUUUCUAGUUAAUUCUAGACCUCACUUAGUAAGGAGAGAAUUGAAUCCACAGUGGAUGAUUGCCCGGUUAACGAAUUAUGAAUACGUCUUGGUGUCGAUGCUGAGAGGCUCCACCCCUUUCAUCCAUUUGCCCCGCCCCCAACUCCCAGUCCAGGUCCAUCAUAGUGCUCCACACCAUGCUCCUCCCAGUCUGCCUGUUCCUCCACUGUGUGCUCAUUACUCUGGGCCAGUAUGACAUCUGUAAGUCACUUGUAAGCACAGAUGAAGGUCCCACGUGGGAAUAUUAUGCGUGUCAGCCUCGACCCGCUGCCAUGAAGGACUUCAUGCAGAUCCGAGUGGAGCCACCAGACAUCACGUGUGGAGAUCCACCUGAGCGCUUCUGCACCCUGGAAAAUCCAUACCUGUGUAGCGAUGAAUGUGACGCGUCCACUCCAGACCUGGCCCACCCGCCACAGCUGAUGCAGGACAGCGAGCGCACCGGCCUCAUCACCUAUUGGCAAACAGUGACAUGGAGCCGCUAUCCCGACCCGCUGCUGGCCAACAUCACGCUGUCAUGGAACAAGAGCCUGGAGGUGACGGCCGACAUCGAGAUCACCUUUGAGUAUGGCCGUCCCACAAUCAUGGUGCUGGAAAAGUCAUUGGACAAAGGGCGAACCUGGCAGCCAUACCAGUUUUACGCCGACGACUGCAUGGAAGCAUUCGGUAUGCCACCUAAGAGGGUGGAGAAUCUUUCAGCCACCAACGUGACUCGGGUCAUCUGCACAGAGCAGUACUCACGCUGGGUUGGCUCCAAGAAUGAGAAGAUUGUGCGCUUUGAGGUUCGGGACCGCUUUGCUAUUUUUGCAGGGCCCAAUUUGAAAAAAAUGGACAAUUUGUACACACGCAUGGAGAGCUUGAAAGGAUUGAGAGAUUUCUUCACGUUUACUGACUUGAAACUCCGGCUGCUGAAGCCUGCACUUGGAGGAACGUACGUGCAGAGGGACAACCUGCUCAAGUACUUCUAUGCCAUCUCUAAUAUUGAGGUCUUUGCCAGGUGUAAGUGUAACCUUCACGCCGGACAGUGCACGUUCCGAGACGGUAGCCUCCAGUGUGACUGCGAGCACAACACCACAGGGCAGGACUGCGCUCGCUGUGAGCGAGGCUUCAAGGCCAAGACGUGGAAAUCCGGCUCGUACCUGCCCACACCCAACGGAUCACCCAACACCUGUGAGGCGGCAGGCACUCUCGGCAACUGUGAGUGCUACGGUCACUCAAACCGCUGCAGCUAUAUUGACUUUAUCAACAUUAUAACAUGUGUAAGCUGCAAACACAACACUAGAGGGCAGAACUGCCAGCACUGUCGCCUCGGAUACUUCAGGAACGCUUCAGCCGAGCUGGAUGAUGAGAAUGUUUGUAUAGAGUGUAACUGUAAUCAGCUGGGCUCCGUACACGCUCGCUGCAAUGAGACAGGUUUCUGUCAGUGUCGAGCAGGAACAACAGGACAGAAGUGCGAAGACUGUCUGCCUGGAUACAACUGGAAACAAGGCUGCGUCCCGAACGUCUGCGAUGAUGAGCUUCUUCUCUGUCUGAAUGGUGGGACUUGUUCCCAGAACCAGAAGUGCAUUUGUCCUCCUGACUUCAAGGGCAUCCUGUGUGAGCAGGUGCGCUGUGAUGGUGAGAAAGGCUGCAACGGCAGUCCUGUGUGCUACCUCAGCCUCCUGACUGUGCUGCUCUGCUUCCUCACCCACAGCGUACUCAAAGCCAGUGCCUAGUGCUCUAGUGCUUGCUUCGGCCCUAAGCCGCAGUCCCGCUCUGUCAGCCAGCAUCGGACUGAACCACGCAGACAGAGAAGGGGUCGCUGUAGCCCCUGCAGCCCUGUGCGGGCAUCAUGGUGCUGAGAACUUCUGGGCCAGAGUAUGUUUUUAGGGCAGCGCACAGUCCCAGGUUAUAGUCGCCUUCACACAGAUGAGAAGCUGCUUGCUCAUCUCCUUGCAUCCCUGAACACAUGAGCAGAGAGAAGUACAAACAAUGAAAUAAACAAAUCACUAAAGAAAAGUGUGUAUAUACUAUAUAGAAGAUAUAUUAUAUAGAAAAAAACAAUUCUUGUUUUUUUUCCUCUGUUGGUUACUCUUGUAGUUGUGAGUCGUCACUAAGCUCACUGAAAUUCAGGCACUGCAUUUAUCUAGGGUUUCUGAACAGCGGCGUUUAUUACUCAAGCCUUCUCAGGCCAAGGUUAUUUCCAAUUUCUUUGGAAGAUUUCUUUAUAAACUACUUUACGCAUUUUCCUUUGGUGUCUGUUUUCAUGCAGUUGACCUGAAUAGACAUGAUGAGAUGGUGUUAAGUGUCUGUGCUGCUGAAGGAGAGAAUAUCGGUGUAGUUUGUGUUUGAGAUUCGUAUGGAAGUUUGUUUAUGUACGGAAUCCAGAAAGGGGUAAGUAUUAUAAUAUAUAUUAUGCCCAAAUUUGAAAAUCUUUAUCUAUCUAUCUGAAAGAGGAAGUAAACAUUAUUGUAAAUGAAUUCUAUGUUAAUUACUAAUUAUUUUUAUGUAGAAAUUAUUUUUGUUCUGAGUAAAUGUUAAAGAUAUAACAAAGCCUUUUAUUAUAGUUCAAACUGAAAUAACUACAUAAACGACAAAACAUUUAUUUCCUAUCAUGAUACGUCUGAUGCUUUGGAAUGUUACUCCACUUCUAUAGUUCUAGCUUAUGAAAGAAAAUACAAGCUAACCUAGCUUUAGCUACGUUUAAGCCUCACAUGCGGAUGCAAGCAUGCAUACAUCAUGUACACCUCGUCCUCUUGAUAAAAUUUCAAGAGACUUCUUCAGUCCAGCCAUCAAUGUCUGAUUGGUGAUAUCACCGCUGUAGCCAAAGUCAAAAGCCAAAAAAAAUCAUAACCAGCUACAUAAGAUCAAUCGAUAAUUUAAUAACAGCAACAUAACGAUGUUAUCAUAAAAGAUGUGCUAGGCUAAGGAACAUGUUGAGACUGUUGGUCGGUUGGUUGAAUAAAGGCCCUCGUACUGUUGCCAUGGUUACCAUGACUUUAUAAACCGGAAAUGUGAUACAGUUUUUAUCCCAGUCAAUGUCAGUCUAUAUCACUGUGGUUACAACGUGAAUUAGAGUUACAAUGUGUUAGUGACACGUGCACCAAGUUGGGCUGCUGUAAGUGAAGGUGAACAGAAGUUGUUGUAUUUUCACACCUUUACAGGCUUUGCUUCUUGGGCUUUCCUGAUCAUGAUGGAACAACUAGCUGACUGAAAGUGUACUGUCAGCAUUCCAAAGAAUAAAAUCUUGACAAUCAGAAAGCA